UAGUGUAGCGUUCGUAAGAACAUGGUUCGAAGUGUUUUGUUGCGUGUUUCAAUAUGGCUACUGCAUUAGUAGAUAACUGGACUGAGGGGAAUUGUAUAACACUGAUACGAGAGUUUAGAGCUAGGCCCGCAUUGUGGGACAAGAAGGAUCCGUUCUAUUACAAGAGGUUAAUGAAGCUGCAAUUAUGGGACGAGAUUGGUGAAAAGCUUGAUAUGAAUGCAUUAGAAUGCAAACACAAAAUGGAGGUAUUGUUGUCAUCAUUUCGUCGCGAGAAGGCCAAAAUUAUUCAUAAACUGGAGGAUUACAAAGGAGAUACGUCAGAAAUAUGUUUAAGCACGUGGUUCGCGUUCAAAGAAAUGAUGUUUUUAUUGGACAAAGAUGCUGAAAGAAAACGCCAAGAAACGGGAUCAGACAACAUAGAAGACGAGGCAGAAAAUAUGUUAAGAAGAACUUUGCUUAGACAUUAUGUCCAGCCAAUUUCCAAAAGAAAACGACCUCGUUUAGCAGGUUUGUUGAAAGAAAUGGUUAAGCAACCAAUGGAAGCCACUACUUCCAAGGUUACUGAUACUUCUCCAAGACCAUCCCCACCGGUAACGGCAUGUUCCUCAGAAUGUGACGACGAAAUCAAAUCAUUUGCAAAUUUUAUAUCAUUUAAAAUGAAAAAAUAUUCAGAAACUACAAAAAAUGCUGUACAGCAAGCCAUAUGUGACAUAAUUUUUAAGGCAGAUCAAAAUUUUUAUGAGAGCAAUAAUAAAUACAUUAUUCUAGAUGAAAAAGACCCACCAAAUAAGCAGGAAGAAAAAAACGACAUUAUGACGAAUAUUAAGGAUGAAUUCGACAUUGUAGGUUACAGUGAAGAAGAAAGUGAUUAAACUACA